AGUUCUGUGUGGUCGCAGCACAUAAGCAAAUCCAUUCUUGUGCCGUUUCUCGGAAAAGCUUUUCAGUAAAUGCACUCAUGCUGCUCCAGGAGCUCUUCUCUGCAACAAGCCGCCCAUCUGCCAUCAACAAGUUAAGACGGAGAGAACUAACAGCUGCGGAAAGGAAAGACUGAUGCUUUGAUUAACCAGCUGAGCAGUUAGAGGAGGACGAAAUUAAUAACUUAUAUUCAGAAGCGAUUUAAGGAAACAGAGUGGUCACGAAAAAUGAAACCAACGCUAUUGAGAAGAAUAUCCUAAGGAAAGAAACAACUCACCCUGCUGGAUUAAAUUUUACUCAGAAAGCCUGGGGCAUAGAAAACAGGAAACUGGUCAAAGGCUCCUGCAUGUUAGAGCCUUUUACAGACUCACUGCGUUGAGUCUAACAACCGCGACUGAAUGCAGCCUCCAAUGUGCUCAGAAGAAUGGGCUUACAUUUCAAGUGGCCAUUAGGGGCCCCUAUGCUGGCAGCAAUAUAUGCAAUGAGUAUGGUUUUAAAAAUGCUGCCUGCCUUGGGAAUGGCGUGUCCACCUAAAUGCCGCUGCGAGAAGCAGCUCUUCUACUGCGACUCUCAGGGCUUCCACUCCGUGCCAAACGCCACAGACAAGGGCUCUCUGGGCCUUUCCCUGAGGCACAAUCACAUCUCAGAGCUUGAAAGGGAUCAAUUUGCCAGCUUCAGUCAACUUACCUGGCUCCACUUAGACCACAAUCAAAUUUCAACAGUAAAAGAAGAUGCUUUUCAAGGACUAUAUAAACUUAAGGAAUUAAUCUUAAGCUCCAACAAAAUAUUUUACUUGCCAAAUACAACUUUUACCCAACUGAUUAAUCUGCAAAAUUUGGACCUGUCUUUCAAUCAGCUGUCAUCUCUGCACCCAGAGCUCUUCUAUGGCCUUCGGAAGCUGCAGACCUUGCAUUUACGGUCCAACUCCCUGCGGACUAUCCCAGUACGCUUGUUCUGGGACUGUCGUAGUCUGGAGUUUCUAGAUUUGAGCACAAACCGAUUGAGAAGUUUGGCUCGAAAUGGAUUUGCGGGAUUAAUCAAACUGAGAGAGCUUCACCUAGAGCACAACCAGCUGACGAAGAUUAAUUUUGCUCAUUUCCUACGUCUAAGUAGUCUGCACACGCUCUUCUUACAAUGGAACAAAAUCAGCAACUUGACAUGUGGGAUGGAAUGGACCUGGGGCACUUUAGAAAAACUAGACCUGACUGGAAAUGAAAUCAAAGCCAUCGAUCUGACAGUGUUUGAAAUAAUGCCUAAUCUUAAAAUACUCCUAAUGGAUAACAACAAGUUAAACAGCCUGGAUUCCAAGAUCUUAAAUUCCCUGAGAUCCCUCACAACUGUUGGCCUCUCUGGCAAUCUGUGGGAAUGCAGCCCUAGAAUAUGUGCUUUGGCCUCCUGGCUGGGCAGUUUCCAAGGUCGGUGGGAGCAUUCCAUCUUAUGCCACAGUCCUGACCACACCCAAGGAGAGGAUAUACUAGAUGCAGUCCAUGGAUUUCAGCUCUGCUGGAAUUUAUCAACCACUGUCAUCACAGCCAUGGCUACAACUUAUAGAGAUCCAACCACUGAAUAUACAAAAAGAAUAAGCUCAUCAAGUUACUAUGUGGGAGACAAAGAAAUCCCAACUACUGCAGGCACAGCAGUUACUACUGAGGAACACUUUCCCGAACCAGACAAUGCCAUCUUCACUCAGCGGGUAAUUACAGGAACAAUGGCUUUAUUGUUUUCUUUCUUUUUUAUUAUUUUUAUAGUGUUCAUCUCCAGGAAGUGCUGCCCUCCCACUUUAAGAAGAAUUAGACAGUGCUCAAUGAUUCAGAACCACAGGCAGCUCCGAUCCCAAACACGACUCCAUAUGUCAAACAUGUCAGACCAAGGACCGUAUAAUGAAUAUGAACCCACCCAUGAAGGACCCUUCAUCAUCAUUAAUGGUUAUGGACAGUGCAAGUGUCAGCAACUGCCAUACAAAGAAUGUGAAGUAUAGUAUCUACUUAUCAUCAAAAAUUACAUCAGAUAAGUAACCUAUUUUACAUAGUAGGGGCUAAAUAUCUAAUUUUUAACAAUGGUGACAUUAAGCCUAAUUUUCAAAACCAAGUGGAGACUUAAGUUUUUGAAGUGAAGUGUUUUUAAUUUUUUUUUAUGAAACCAUAUUUUAAGUGUUAAAUGAAGCAAUGCUCACAUUAAUUUGCAAUCUUGUUGGAAAGUCUAUGCUUACUUCAAAUUAAGGCAUUUCAUGUAUGUGAUUAUAUACUAUUGAGUGUAAACAUAUGCUAUUUUUUUUCCUACUGAAAACAGUUUGGAAAGAAGGUACUGAGCAGAAAAAGAUAUGAAUCAAUACUUGUUUGAUCAUUGCUUUCCAUCCCAAGUACCACCAUUGGCUUGUUGCUUAAAAGGAGACUUAGCAAAGUUCUCUUGUAUGAUAAUUUGGUAUUUACUUAAAUUUACAAUUUACUGCCAGUGGGGGAAGAAGAAUUUCAUUAUGCUAUAAAGACUGGUAAAUAUUAAACACUCUUAUUCCAGAGUUUUUGCCUGGGUUAAUAGAUAUUAUCAAAGUCCACAUCAUGAAAUUAGAACCCUUUAUGUAAUUCUAAUAAGCUGAGUAACUCUUUAAUAUAUUUAAACAAUGAAUCCAAGUGAAUGUGGAAAAGGUCUCAUUACAAUGAAUUCAACACUAAAUGAUUACAAUGACUUUGUAUCAUACAGCUAUAGUUUAACUUAUAAUGAACAUGUUGACCUUUUGUGGCAUUUUUAGACAAUUAUUUUAAACUAGUAUUACAUUAUCAUUUUACUUAUUAGUUUACUAAAUCUUAUAUUUACAUUUAUAUGUGAAAAAAGAUUUAGAAAUUAUUUUGGAGAGAAAAGAGAGAAACUGAGUCAACUUAAUCCUAGGACUUGCUCCCUUUAGUUUGAAAGCACACACAACAUUCUCUCCCUUUCUCAACUGUCAUGAUCAAAGUUGUCUUACAAAGAGGUUUAAACUCUUUCUUCUGUUUUCUUCCUAAUGCUCACACCUCAGAUCCAAAUAAAAAAUAAUUAGCAACAGGCAUAACAAUGAUUCUUAAUAGAAUAUAUAAUAUAAAGGAACAUUAAAAAUCACUUUCUAAAUAUUAUAUUCUGAAAUCUGGCCUUUUAAUAAGGAUACAUAGUCACGCUAUAAGAGCAGUUCCUUCCAAGUGAAAGAAACAACAGAUUACAGAGCAAACCUUUUUAUGGUAAAACACCAACUACAUGCUUAUACUGCCAUGCAAUGGUAACUCAAAGGUGGCAUGGAGGGGAGGGAGAUGAAAGGGAAAGGCAGCGUUUUGAAAUCUGACUCACAGAAAUGGGUUAGCUGAAGUUAAGAGGCAGCCAAGAGUGAGGCAAAUGGGUAGCUGUACACUAU